AUGAGUGACCCGGUCAAAAAGCCCAAGAUGAAGCUUGACUUCACCGGCGUGCAAGAAACACUGCUUGCGACGCUGUACUCCAGAUGGUAUGACUUCCAGCUGCCUAAACUUAUUCUAGGCGAUAAGCACGCAGUGGAAAUCGUCGAUCAGCUUGACUAUGAUUUCACAAAGCUCCGCAUGAGACCUGGGACUUGCGCCUCGCUCUGCUUGCGUGCGCGGACAUUCGACCGCUGGACCAGUGAGUUCCUGGAUGCUCACGGCGACCAGGAUGUCACGGUCCUUCAUCUCGCGGCUGGCUUUGACACACGCGCCUUGCGCUUGCAGGACAACUGUGGGAGUAACGUCCACUGGAUCGACCUGGAUGUCCCCGACGUGGUCGACAUGCGGCGCAAACUGAUCCCAGAGCCUCAGCUGCCUGGCGGCUACGAGCUGAUCGCCGCCAGCGUCACGGACAACGACUGGCUCACGAGCCUGCCCCCUCAUCGCCCUACAGUGGUUGUGUUUGAGGGCCUUUCUUGCUACCUCAAGCCAGAAGAGAUGCGCAGUAUGGUGGAGAGGGUGACCGGGCACUUCAAAACAGGCCAGCUGCUAUUUGACGCUGUCGCAUGGAUUAUUAUUAGCUGCCAAAACCUGAUGAGCAUCACGCGUACCACCGGUGCUGUCUUAUCAUGGGGAACAGAUGAUCCGCAUGAGUUGGAGGCGUGGCAUGAGGGACUGAAGCUGAAGGAUAUAGAACUGAUGUCUGAUAACAAGGACAACAAGGACCUGUCGCCCAAACUGCAGUGGAUACUCUGGUUUGUCGCACAUAUGCCUUACUUCAGAUAUGUAGGAAGGCACUUGAGGUACGAAUGGUGA